AUGGGUAACACUUCUGGCUAUGUAAACCUUCUAACUAGUCAAAUUUCCAUUGAUCUUGAUUCACCCGAACCUAUUUGGUUCGGUAGCCAAGUUCCCGAUGAGUCUGGUGUGAAGAAGAGGAGGAAGUGCCCUCACCUGGUUGGGACAAUACCGAGGAAGCUUCGUCUUUGCAAGCAGAGGUGGGCUCGAAUUAACGAGCAAGUAUCCAAGUUUGCUGGAUGCUAUGAUGCGGCUCUGAGGGAGCAGAGAAGUGGUCAAAAUGAUGAUGAUGUGAUGAAAUCUGCGUUAGACAUUUUCUUUAAUAAUAACGGCUACAAGUUCACCCUGGAUCACUGCUGGAGGGAGCUCAGGCAUGACCAGAAAUGGUGCGACACUCAUAUGGCUAAGGACGGUGAAAAGGAGAAGCGCAAACCAGCAUUGGAGGUUGAUAGAGAAGAAGGGGAAGAGGGAGAACCAGAGGGUAGACCUCCCGGGGUAAAGGCUGCAAAAGCUGGUUGUAAGAAGAAGAAGAGUGUUAGAGAGGAGGAGUUGACGAAGCUGCAGGGUGUUUUAGAAAUGAAAGAAAAACUAUCUAGACAUAAACUCCUUGAUCGUUUACUUACGAAAACCGAGCCACUCCCUGACAUGGAGACUAGUCUUAAACUCAAAUUAAUGUCUGAAAUGUUGUGA